GAAAUGAAGCUCCUUCUGGAAGCUAUCGGCGAGGCACCAAGCGAGGAAGAGUUGUUCCGUUUCAUGGCAGAUGUGGAUGAAGACGGGACCGGGGAGAUCGAGUUUGCAGAGUUCCUGCGUGCCUUUGAGAAGCAGCGAGGGGGCGCGCAGGAGCUCGAGGAUGAGCUGGAUACCAUCGAUGCCUUCGUGGCACUCGGGGGAGAGCCUGACAAGACAGGCUACAUUGACACGCAGCGAUUGAUUCAGGUCGUGAAGGAUGAGUUUGGAAUGACCAUCAAGAUCGAGCGACUGAUCGAGGAGCUUGACAAGGACAAGGAUCAGAAACUGGACUACCGUGAGUUCGCAGCGCUUUUCCA